UUUAGAAUGCGCUCUAUUUAGAAACAAUACAGCUACACCCAAUAAAAUUUAUGUGAGGAGAUGUCGGAAACGUAUUAUAAUGAGUCUAGUUAUCCUAGCGAGGCAGAGGAAGGGACUGGUUUGGAUCUUAGCGAGGCAGAGGAAAGGACUGGCUUGGAUCUUAGCGAGGCAGAGAAAGGGACAGGUUUUGAUCUUAGCGAGGCAGAGGAAGGGACUGGCUUGGAUAUGGCGAGUGAAGUAGCGUGUUGCGUGUGUUCCCUCACCCUACUGGACCCAAUGACCUUAAGCUGUGGGCAUAGCUUCUGUCGACACUGUCUGGCUAGACUCUGGCAUAGUAAAUCACGAGUGUCUGUGUCAAAUCUCCUCUGUCCUUCCUGCAGACAGCCCUGGGCUGGGAUGCCAGCUAUCAACAUUCAGCUGAGGAACAUUGUGGAGGGUGUGUACGGAGACACCUUGAGCCAACGUAGGGAAGCCAUCAGUAGUGAAGAUGCUGCUCUUAUUAGAAGUUUCUCUAAAGCUGCUGUGCGUAGGCCAGUAGACAACAGACCCUACUUCAUGAUAGGAGGACUGCUAUUAUUAGGAGCUCUCUGUAUUGUUCUGGUGUUAUUGAGUGCUGUGUUUGUGUGGGUCAUGUCAGGACCUACUGGAGAGUUUAUGAGGAAGCCAGUGAAUCAUUGGACCAGUCGUGAUGUGUUGUCCUGGGUGGAGGGUUUAGGGGAAUGGACACUACCUAACAUCACAGGACUUUUCCAAGUACAGGCCCUGACUGGACCUCAGUUGCUGCUAGUGGAUAAUGAAGCACUGGAGGGCUUUGGUAUAGACCAGCCUUUCAGGCGCCAGACAAUCUUACAGGCAGUGAGGUCUCUACAAGCGCAGCAGUUCAGCUCUCCACUUGACUUCUAUCAAUUCAAGGUAAGGCUCUUUUAUGGUGCAUGUUUCACCACGUCACAUGCGUUGCAGGCUGCACAUAGAAAGACAACUCUCCUGGUGGCUUUGUUUUAUGGAAGCUACCCAAGGCUUACUCUAAUCUAUUCCUACCUGUUUGAAUACUACAAUAUCUACCUUCCUCUGGGACAAGUACAGUUCUCAUCAGCCGAUGAACUGAGCAGAUUACAGAAUAUUGUACUGACUGUGUUGUUGUGGCUGUUGCCUCAUCUGGGAGUUGGUGUAUUGGCCUUUAACUGGCUUUACCAACAUCCAUGGAUUGUGACCCCAACUCUGGUUCAUUGUACUCAUGCCACUAUGAUACAAGCACUCUCUCUGCUCAGAACACCGUGGAGACGUGUACUUACUCUCAACUACAUACAACUACACAGUGUUGAGGCUGUGUGGGAGGCUGUGAGGUUCACUGUGUACGUCAGCAGCUACUCUCUCCUCUGGCAUGCUGUCCCACACUUCAUCUGUGACUUGCUCUUUUAUCUCGCAUUGUGGCAAACUAUAACUAUUCGUUUAAUCAUUCCUUUUGUCAAAUAUGUGUACAAAUUGUUUGCUUGAAGAUUAAGUAUAAAAUAAAUGUUGCAGUAUGAUUGUUAGCUGGCCACAAAAAAAUGUGGGGGGAGUGGCUCAAUCCUGCAUGCGAUAUUUAAUAUCGGGUGCAGUGAGUUGUCCAGAGCUAGCUAGCUAGAGAUGUCUGUCAUGAUGAGAUCACUGUUGUUUGCCUGUUUCUUGUGUGCAGUGCUUGGUCUCCCUACACUCCGUAAUAAACGUCAUGAAGAAGGUGCUGUCUUUAAGAAGUACAAUCCUCAAGCUCCACAGGAAGGGAGAUGGUGCAAUGAAACCAUCACAAUCAACACAACACAACGAACAUGGAAUGAGAUUACACGCCAGAUUGACGUGGUGACUGUACAAGUGACUCAAGUUACCCCCAACUGCUGUGAAGGCUUCAUUGGUGAUGACUGUGAGAUACAGCAUGUCUCUACGAAGGAGCAGUCUUGUGGAGGCAUGACAUGUCCUGAUCAUCCGGAUGCAUCUUGUGUCAUUGUUAGACACUGUGGCAAAAGUUUAGAGUUGUUUCUCGAUCAAAACGGUCUAAUCAUUAAGGAUUGUGUUCCUGAGAACAUUUGUUUGGGAGCUUGUGUAAAGGAUCCGUGCAAAGAUCUGAGUUGUUCUGAGUAUCCUGAAGCUCUAUGCUUUACUUCCUGCAACUGUGAACCAUUGUGGGUCAUACCCAGCAAUCGCAAGAGAGUGCAGUGCAGCCAUUCUGAUUCCUUAAAGAAGAGGGACACUACUGACUCUUGCAUGUAGUGCAUGUGUAUAGCUAGCUUAUUAUUGUGUUGACUUGAUUUGGUGGUUUUGCUAAUACA